AUGGGUGACGUACUUCCCGUUGGGCGCGGCGACGUGCAUAGAGGUGAUCAUCGCGUCCGCUCUCUGUUACCUCCUGCGGCGCUGCCGCACAGGCCAUUCCAAGAUGGACUCGACAAUCUCGGUACUGAUGUUGUUCACGGUGAACACUGGGAUCAUUACCAGGUCGGAUCCUCCAGAAGUGCGGCGCGUGCACCAGAUUGGCUUACGCUGGAUCUGUACAGCCUGUGUUCGUUGACGGCGCUGGCGAUGAUGGCAGCGCUCCCACAUACGUACGCCGUGCUGAGUGUCGAGUUCAUGGUCAAGAAGCUCUACGUGAACUCGUUCAAUGCACGCAAUAGCCUACGGUGUAACGGGUUUACGAGCGAACUCGGCGCCGACCUGCACCUCCGCCCGAUUAGCGGCUCCUCGCCAUCCACGCGAAACGAGCAGAAGUGGGCGGCCUCGCCGACGACGGGUCUCCCGACCGAGAUUGCGUAUACUGGGAUGGCGUAUUGA